AUGUCAUUUCCACUUGGUUUAGCUUUCACCGCCGAUCAAGAGUCUUCUAUUGAUGCCAUUCAAGCGAUGGGAUAUCCUCGUGAUCAGGUCGUUGCCGCACUGCGAGCAGCCUACUGGAAUCCCGAUCGCGCCGUGGAAUACUUAUUGAGUGGAAUCCCUGAUGAGGAGCAAAUGCCAAUCGAAGUUGGAGGUGAAGAAGAAGAAAGUGAAGGAGGUGAACCACAAGUUUCUCAGCUUGACGCCCUGCGCCAUUUACCCCAAAUGGAUGAACUUCGUAAUCUUGUGCGUUCAAAUCCUGAAAUUCUCCCCUCAUUAAUUCAGGUACGGUUAUCCUAA